GAGAACUUAGAGGUAUACUAAAUUAUUGAGAGACGAAGUUAUGGCCCCUAGGAAAUGGAAAAAAAACUUUUCAGCAGCUGAAGUUGAAGGCGUUAGCCAAUUGAACAACGAGCAAAGGGAACAGAAAACUAAACUAUUCAUGCAGCAAUUCCAGAAAGAAGCACAGGAAAGAACAAAAGAAAUGGAAGAAAAAUUAGAGCAGACUGUGGCGACGGUGGAAAAAGCUUUCAAAGUACAAAUAUUGAAAAUGCCCCCGUCACUGCAGCGCAAAAGCGUGAAGGAACUGACGAGUGAAGACGAAUCCCAAGCUGGGGAAGUUACAAUUGCAAUGCAGGCAGACUCUUCAGUGAUUGAACCGGUGAAAAAGAAAAUCGGUAAAAAAGCCCAGAUUGCUAAUAAAUCUGAAGCCUCUCGCCCAAAACAACUGAGGAGAAUCCUAUCGGUGCAAAGCAACAAGACUGUAGAGACGGUAGGAAAGACGGUGACAAAAUCCCGAUCUUUGGAUUUCUCAAAUUCGACUUGUGCGAGACCAACACCUCCCAGGGCUAGUCCAGCUGCUCCAGCCUCCACUCUGAGAACAAGAAGGACUCAUAGUCGGAUUGCUAAAGCCACAAACUUGACUGCAUUGCCCAGUGAAAGUCUGCUGAGAACCACCAGGCUGGCGAGUGAUGGGGAGAUAGUUGGUAACUCCCAGUUAGGAAUUGCCAUUGCCACUAUUUCUACUUCUCAUGGACGGACCUUCACCUUGUCUGAUGAGGGAAAAGAUGAAAUUGACCUGGAGAUGCUUGAUGACACUGCCUUAACGCAGAUGCAGAAAUUAAUGAGUUUGAUGGAUUACCUGUGCAGUAAAGCCAAAGUGAAUUCAAGUUGAGGUGCUACCAGGAAAAAAAAACAACUUAAUGCUGUGAUUUUUAAAGCCCAUUUGACAGACUUUAAGCGUUUCUUAGGAUGGGGAAAAACUUCUUUAUUGAAAGUUUUAUCUUCAGAUGAAUGUUAUGUAAUGGUCUAUUUAAAUAAAAGUAUGUUUUCUAAUGUAUAAA